CAGAAUGCGAUUGCUUGGCUCAGUCUCGCGUGUGCAGCUCAUAAGGCUAGUCGAGCCAAUUCCCGACCAUGUGACUGUCGAUCGAAAGCAACAACAACCAAAGCAAACAAAGGCUAUAAUCAUACAUGCAUCCCAACACAACAUCAUCAUCAUCAUCUGUUUAGCUUAACACGCACAGCAGUUUUUGCUCACCUGUGUGCGAAUCGCGCGCAUCAUUCAGUGGCCAGUGGCAUAGAGAACGUUGGCGGGAUGUUGCUGUUGCGCGCUUUGCUGCUCGUCACGCUGGCCGCCGCAGUCUUUGCUGUUACUUGCUAUGAAUGCGAUUCGGUGAAUGAUUUAUAUUGCGGCGUGGAUGAUUUUCAAUCGAAUGAUAUUGCCAAAACGGAUUGCGAUGCCAUGGAGCUGCCCCAAGCAGAUCAGCCAGUCAUCUAUCUGGAGAGACCAGAGACAGCUUGUUUAACCAAAUACUACAAGGAUCCUUUAGCUGCUGCUGCCGAUGCGUCCUUUGUGCGUCGCUCCUGCGCCUUUGGCGACUUGACUGCUUGCGAUACACAACCGGAUCCGGUUAUGCCGCAGCUCGGCUUCCUAGGCUGUGUCUUUUGUCACGGCGAUCUGUGCAACGCCAGCCCACGUCAUGCGCUUGCCUCAUUCUCCUUGCUGCUGGCACUUGCGCUCUCAAUAAUUAUACAUUUAAAUUUUUGAUAUUUUUGCAACAUUUCUUUUAGUUUAUUUGAUUUUUGUUUCGU